CGCCGAACCAAGUUCAUCCUCGGCACCGGCUGACUCACCGCCCGACUCCCCGCGCGGUUCCCGGCAUCACAGGCAUUUCUAAUGCACCGUCAGCGAUUACGGGAGGCAACUUUUUCUGGAACAAUCCAAAUCUCUUUCUCAAUUUGCGAAUUCGCACAUACUCAUCCUCACGCUUCGUGUUAUUGGAGUCUCUCAAUUGCCUUCAAUCCCUUCAAUUUUCCUCCUUCAUUCCGAGUCCCGCAAUUGCGCACUGAGGGGCAAAAAUAACGGCAGCUGCUUAACCACCCCUCCUUUCACUCCAAGAUGCCUUCCACAACAGAGAUUGCACAGCAAUUCGACUCGAUUGAAGAUACAAUUGCUGCUUUCAAGAAUGGCGAAUUCAUCAUUGUACUGGACUCACAAGACCGUGAGAAUGAAGGAGAUCUUAUAAUAGCAGCUGAGUCUAUCACCGCUGCACAGAUGGCAUUCCUCGUGCGCUACACAAGUGGAUUGAUUUGCGCACCUAUUCCCCCUCCCCUCGCAACCCGCCUCGCGCUCCCACAAAUGGUCGCCGAGAACACCGACCCUAAGGGCACCGCCUACACCAUCACCAUCGACUCCAGCGACGACUCAGUGACGACCGGAAUCUCUGCCGAAGACCGUGCGCUAACCUGCCGCACGCUCGCUUCCCCCGAUGCGCAGAUCGACUCUUUCCGCCGGCCCGGCCACAUCAUCCCGCUGCAGGCGCGUGCCGGCGGCGUGCGCGAACGUAAGGGCCACACUGAGGCUGCGGUUGAUUUCUGCAGACUGGCCGGCAAGGCGCCUGUGGGUGUGAUUGCGGAGCUGGUGGAGGAGGGGGAGACCGUUGAGGGUGUAGCGGAGAUCCGGGGUAAUAAUGGAAUGAUGAGGCGUGAUGGGUGUUUGAAGUUUGGUAAGAAGUGGGGGAUUAAGGUGUGUACUAUUGAGGAUUUGGUGGAUUAUUUGGACAGGACGGAGGGUGUUAAGAAUGGGCAUUGAGUGAUUGAUGGCUCUUGAUUUUGGAUUUCGAUUAUUCAAAGGCUUUCGCUUCUUGGUCUUUGUUCUUGUUUUGCAUUACUUUGGUUCGUUCUGUGUCUCUGUACAUCACUGCGGCUUUGAGUACAUUUCUCCAGAUAAAUGGACAAGAUACCUUAGAUAUCCGAAUCUCGUCGCAAAGCGUCGAAUUUGUGUUGGACAAUA